UUACACAGUAAGCAUGGGGUGGCUAUCCCAUGUUAUUCUACUGAUAUGCCUUAUAGGAAUAUAUUCUGAAAUAGUCCGAAGUGCUGAAUCAUACGAUGAGUAUGAGGAAUAUGAAUAUGAUCAAAGCUCUUCACAACAGAAUUCUUACGAACAGAGUUCAGAAAAUGAACCCAACCUAAGUUUUCCACAGCAAAAUGCUAACGGACGAGAUUCGGAAAAUGAACCUGGCCAAAGUUCUUCGGAACAGAAUAUUGAAGGAGGUGAUUCGGAAAAUGAAUCUGGCCAAAGUUUUCCUCAGCAAAAUGCUAAUGGACAAAAUUAUCAACCAGGCCAGAAUUUUCCACAGCAGGACACUAGCGGACAAAGUUAUCAACCAGGUGAAAAUUAUCCACAGCAGGACACUAGUGGACAAAGUUAUCAACCAGGUGAAAAUUAUCCACAGCCAAAUGCUAAUGGACAAAAUUAUCAACCAGGCCAGAAUUAUCCACAGCAGAAUGCUAAUGGACAAAAUUAUCAACCAGGCCAGAAUUAUCCACACUAUAAUGCUAAUGGACACAAUUAUCAACCAGGCCAGAAUUAUCCACAAUAUAAUGGUAAUGGACACAAUUAUCAACCAGGCCAGAAUUAUCCACAAUAUAAUGGUAACGGACAAAAUUUUCAACCAGGCCAGCAUUAUCCACAAUAUAAUGGUAACGGACAAAAUUAUCAACCAGGCCAGCAUUAUCCACAGCAGAAUGAUAACGGACAGAACUCCGACGACUAUGAGAAUGAUCCGCUUGGAUUCAAUGAAUUAGGAGACCAAUUUGCCAACAUAUUUGUCCAGAACAUCUUGAAUAAUCCACACUUUGGUAAGGGAGCUGAUACAGAUUUUAGCGAAGUCACGUACGCUUUGACAGAUGCCAUUAAUUUGUUGAGGCAAGCUCAUCAUGCACUUCCAGAGCAGAAGAGGACUAUCAUGAUCGCCUUCGCUGCGACUAUCGCCGAAUUGAUAGUUAUAGAGUGCAGAGAUACUCUCAGCAUCUUUCAGAAGGUUGAGAUAGUUACCAAUGCUCUCAAAACAGCGUACGAGCAAACCACCGGGCGAAUCAACUAUCCUCUGAUAAACGAAGUAACAUUUUUAGUAAUAAUCUUCCUGGAGGAAACAUCUCAGAAACCACCAGUUGACGUCCACGAGUUGUUCCCAGGAUUUCCAGGACUCAUCUUUCUGCCGAAAACGUUCCAGCCGAAAUUUACUUAUGAUCCAAGACUCAUAUCAUACAUCUAUGGACAACCAGAUGAUUUCACAUUCGACAUUCCAACUAAAAAUGGAAUACCACAAGAGAAAGUUCCUGGACAAAAUUACACAGUUUACUUCCCCUUCCUCCGCAGAUUCAUCGAGGAAGUUGAAAACAUUUACCCAUUGUAUCCUUAUCAUACAAUGCCAGAAAGUGAAUAUCAACUGCUGUUCCCGCAACUCUAUCGAUUAAAACCGCGUAAUUAUAAUUACACAAUUUACCGCCGCGGAUCGAACCCAUAUGAAGUACUUCACAGGCAUCCUGGCAAAAAGAUAAGACGCGAAGUAGAACAUAAGCAUCACAGAAGAAUUAAACACCGCCAUCACAGGCCAGGGGAGCCGAGUUCUGAAUCAUCAAGUAUCUAUAUACCUAUUGAAGAAGAGAAAACUACUCCAGCAACCGGAACCACAACUGGAUCUGGCCUAACUAUUCCCGGAAUUGGUACAGCACCCGGAACAAGUACUACUCCUAUAAAAGGUGAGAAAACAACCACUCCUGGAAUCGGAACUACACCAGGAGAAAGUCAGGAAACAACUGGACCUGAAACUGGAACAACACCGGUAUUCGGUAAAAGAACUCCAACAUCAGGAGAAAGAGUGCAUUUGCACAAACACAAAAUAAGGAUCAGAAGAAAACAUCACAGACCAGGUGAACCAAGUUACGUGUAUUCUUAUUAUUACACGACUUCUGGCGAGGAAACAACAACGACACCAAGUGGACUAAUAACAUCUCCUGGUGGAACUACAUAUUUCGGACCAACACCAAAAACAAGUGUACCCGGAACGGAGGGAACAACACCGAGCUCUGGUGAAAUUACAACUCCCGGAACUGGAACUUCACCUGGGGAAGGUCAAAGUACUCCCGGAACCGGAACUUCACCUGGGAAAGGUCAAACUACUCCCGGAAUCGGAACUGGUACUACACCUAUUGAAGGGCAGAAAACAACUAUUCCAGGAAUGGAAACUACACCGGGACAAGGCACAACUGUUCCUGGAAUCGGUACAACUUCUAGUGAAGGUGGAAAAACGACAUUACCUGGAGUCGGAACUACUCCAGGAGAAAGUCAGGAAACCACAGGACCUGGAACUGGUACUACUCCUAUGGAAGGUGAGAAAACAACCGCUCCUGGAAUCGGAACUACACCAGGAGAAAGUCAGGAAACAACUGGACCUGAAACUGGAACAACACCGGUAUUCGGUAAAAGAACUCCAAGAUCAGGAGAAAGAGUGCAUUUGCACAAACACAAAAUAAGGAUCAGAAGAAAACAUCACAGACCAGGUGAACCAAGUUACGUGUAUUCUUAUUAUUACACGACUUCUGGCGAGGAAACAACAACGACACCAAGUGGACUAAUAACAUCUCCUGGUGGAACUACAUAUUUCGGACCAACACCAAAAACAAGUGUACCCGGAACGGAGGGAACAACACCGAGCUCUGGUGAAAUUACAACUCCCGGAACUGGUAGUACACCUGAAAAAGGCCGAACAACUCCCGGAACUGGAACUUCACCUGGGGAAGGUCAAAAUACUCCCGGAACCGGAAAUUCACCUGGGAAAGGUCAAACUACUCCCGGAAUCGGAACUGGUACUACACCUAUUGAAGGGCAGAAAACAACUAUUCCAGGAAUGGAAACUACACCGGGACAAGGCACAACUGUUCCUGGAAUCGGUACAACUUCUAGUGAAGGUGGAAAAACGACAUUACCUGGAGUCGGAACUACUCCAGGAGAAAGUCAGGAAACCACAGGACCUGGAACUGGUACUACUCCUAUGGAAGGUGAGAAAACAACCGCUCCUGGAAUCGGAACUACACCAGGAGAAAGUCAGGAAACAACUGGACCUGAAACUGGAACAACACCGGUAUUCGGUAAAAGAACUCCAAGAUCAGGAGAAAGAGUGCAUUUGCACAAACACAAAAUAAGGAUCAGAAGAAAACAUCACAGACCAGGUGAACCAAGUUACGUGUAUUCUUAUUAUUACACGACUUCUGGCGAGGAAACAACAACGACACCAAGUGGACUAAUAACAUCUCCUGGUGGAACUACAUAUUUCGGACCAACACCAAAAACAAGUGUACCCGGAACGGAGGGAACAACACCGAGCUCUGGUGAAAUUACAACUCCCGGAACUGGUAGUACACCUGAAAAAGGCCGAACAACUCCCGGAACUGGAACUUCACCUGGGGAAGGUCAAAGUACUCCCGGAACCGGAACAUCACCUGAGAAAGGUCAAACUACUCCCGGAAUCGGAAUUGGUACUACACCUAUUGAAGGGCAGAAAACAACUAUUCCAGGAAUGGAAACUACACCGGGACAAGGCACAACUGUUCCUGGAAUCGGUACAACUUCUAGUGAAGGUGGAAAAACGACAUUACCUGGAGUCGGAACUACUCCAGGAGAAAGUCAGGAAACCACAGGACCUGGAACUGGUACUACUCCUAUGGAAGGUGAGAAAACAACCGCUCCUGGAAUCGGAACUACACCAGGAGAAAGUCAGGAAACAACUGGACCUGAAACUGGAACAACACCGGUAUUCGGUAAAAGAACUCCAAGAUCAGGAGAAAGAGUGCAUUUGCACAAACACAAAAUAAGGAUCAGAAGAAAACAUCACAGACCAGGUGAACCAAGUUACGUGUAUUCUUAUUAUUACACGACUUCUGGCGAGGAAACAACAACGACACCAAGUGGACUAAUAACAUCUCCUGGUGGAACUACAUAUUUCGGACCAACACCAAAAACAAGUGUACCCGGAACGGAGGGAACAACACCGAGCUCUGGUGAAAUUACAACUCCCGGAACUGGUAGUACACCUGAAAAAGGCCGAACAACUCCCGGAACUGGAACUUCACCUGGGGAAGGUCAAAGUACUCCCGGAACCGGAACAUCACCUGAGAAAGGUCAAACUACUCCCGGAAUCGGAAUUGGUACUACACCUAUUGAAGGGCAGAAAACAACUAUUCCAGGAAUGGAAACUACACCGGGACAAGGCACAACUGUUCCUGGAAUCGGUACAACUUCUAGUGAAGGUGGAAAAACGAUAUUACCUGGAGUCGGAACUACUCCAGGAGAAAGUCAGGAAACCACAGGACCUGGAACUGGUACUACUCCUAUGGAAGGUGAGAAAACAACCGCUCCUGGAAUCGGAACUACACCAGGAGAAAGUCAGAAAACAACUGGACCUGAAACUGGAACAACACCGGUAUUCGGUAAAAGAACUCCAAGAUCAGGAGAAAGAGUGCAUUUGCACAAACACAAAAUAAGGAUCAGAAGAAAACAUCACAGACCAGGUGAACCAAGUUACGUGUAUUCUUAUUAUUACACGACUUCUGGCGAGGAAACAACAACGACACCAAGUGGACUAAUAACAUCUCCUGGUGGAACUACAUAUUUCGGACCAACACCAAAAACAAGUGUACCCGGAACGGAGGGAACAACACCGAGCUCUGGUGAAAUUACAACUCCCGGAACUGGUAGUACACCUGAAAAAGGCCGAACAACUCCCGGAACUGGAACUUCACCUGGGGAAGGUCAAAAUACUCCCGGAACCGGAAAUUCACCUGGGAAAGGUCAAACUACUCCCGGAAUCGGAACUGGUACUACACCUAUUGAAGGGCAGAAAACAACUAUUCCAGGAAUGGAAACUACACCGGGACAAGGCACAACUGUUCCUGGAAUCGGUACAACUUCUAGUGAAGGUGGAAAAACGACAUUACCUGGAGUCGGAACUACUCCAGGAGAAAGUCAGGAAACCACAGGACCUGGAACUGGUACUACUCCUAUGGAAGGUGAGAAAACAACCGCUCCUGGAAUCGGAACUACACCAGGAGAAAGUCAGGAAACAACUGGACCUGAAACUGGAACCACACCGGUAUUCGGUAAAAGAACUCCAAGAUCAGGAGAAAGAGUGCAUUUGCACAAACACAAAAUAAGGAUCAGAAGAAAACAUCACAGACCAGGUGAACCAAGUUACGUGUAUUCUUAUUAUUACACGACUUCUGGCGAGGAAACAACAACGACACCAAGUGGACUAAUAACAUCUCCUGGUGGAACUACAUAUUUCGGACCAACACCAAAAACAAGUGUACCCGGAACGGAGGGAACAACACCGAGCUCUGGUGAAAUUACAACUCCCGGAACUGGUAGUACACCUGAAAAAGGCCGAAAAACUCCCGGAACUGGAACUUUACCUGGGGAAGGUCAAAGUACUCCCGGAACCGGAACUUCACCUGGGAAAGGUCAAACUACUCCAGGAAUCGGAACUGGUACUACACCUAUUGAAGGGCAGAAAACAACUAUUCCAGGAAUGGAAACUACACCGGGACAAGGCACAACUGUUCCUGGAAUCGGUACUACUUCUAGUGAAGGUGGAAAAACGACAUUACCUGGAGUCGGAACUACUCCAGGAGAAAGUCAGGAAACCACAGGAUCAGGAACUGGUACUACUCCUAUGGAAGGUGAGAAAACAACCGCUCCUGGAAUCGGAACUACACCAGGAGAAAGUCAGGAAACCACUGGACCUGAAACUGGAACAACACCGGUAUUCGGUAAAAGAACUCCAACAUCAGGAGAAAGAGUGCAUUUGCACAAACAUAAAAUAAGGAUCAGAAGAAAACAUCACAGACCAGGUGAACCAAGUUACGUGUAUUCUUAUUAUUACACGACUUCUGGCGAGGAAACAACAACGACACCAAGUGGACUAAUAACAUCUCCUGGUGGAACUACAUAUUUCGGACCAACACCAAAAACAAGUGUACCCGGAACGGAGGGAACAACACCGAGCUCUGGUGAAAUUACAACUCCCGGAACUGGUAGUACACCUGAAAAAGGCCGAACAACUCCCGGAACUGGAACUUCACCUGGGGAAGGUCAAAGUACUCCUGGAACCGGAACUUCACCUGGGAAAGAUCAAACUACUCCAGGAAUCGGAACUGGUACUACACCUAUUGAAGGGCAGAAAACAACUAUUCCAGGAAUGGAAACUACACCGGGACAAGGCACAACUGUUCCUGGAAUCGGUACUACUUCUAGUGAAGGUGGAAAAACGACAUUACCGGGAGUCGGAACUACUCCAGGAGAAAGUCAGGAAACCACAGGACCUGGAACUGGUACUACUCCUAUGGAAGGUGAGAAAACAACCGCUCCUGGAAUCGGAACUACACCAGGAGAAAGUCAGGAAACCACUGGACCUGAAACUGGAACAACACCGGUAUUCGGUAAAAGAACUCCAAGAUCAGGAGAAAGAGUGCAUUUGCACAAACACAAAAUAAGGAUCAGAAGAAAACAUCACAGACCAGGUGAACCAAGUUACGUGUAUUCUUAUUAUUACACGACUUCUGGCGAGGAAACAACAACGACACCAAGUGGACUAAUAACAUCUCCUGGUGGAACUACAUAUUUCGGACCAACACCAAAAACAAGUGUACCCGGAACGGAGGGAACAACACCGAGCUCUGGUGAAAUUACAACUCCCGGAACUGGUAGUACACCUGAAAAAGGCCGAACAACUCCCGGAACUGGAACUUCACCUGGGGAAGGUCAAAGUACUCCCGGAACCGGAACUUCACCUGGGAAAGGUCAAACUACUCCCGGAAUCGGAACUGGUACUACACCUAUUGAAGGGCAGAAAACAACUAUUCCAGGAAUGGAAACUACACCGGGACAAGGCACAACUGUUCCUGGAAUCGGUACAACUUCUAGUGAAGGUGGAAAAACGACAUUACCUGGAGUCGGAACUACUCCAGGAGAAAGUCAGGAAACCACAGGACCUGGAACUGGUACUACUCCUAUGGAAGGUGAGAAAACAACCGCUCCUGGAAUCGGAACUACACCAGGAGAAAGUCAGGAAACAACUGGACCUGAAACUGGAACAACACCGGUAUUCGGUAAAAGAACUCCAAGAUCAGGAGAAAGAGUGCAUUUGCACAAACACAAAAUAAGGAUCAGAAGAAAACAUCACAGACCAGGUGAACCAAGUUACGUGUAUUCUUAUUAUUACACGACUUCUGGCGAGGAAACAACAACGACACCAAGUGGACUAAUAACAUCUCCUGGUGGAACUACAUAUUUCGGACCAACACCAAAAACAAGUGUACCCGGAACGGAGGGAACAACACCGAACUCUGGUGAAAUUACAACUCCCGGAACUGGUAGUACACCUGAAAAAGGCCGAACAACUCCUGGAAUCGGAACGGCACCUGGAACUGGUACUACUCCAAUGGAAGGUGAGAAAACAACCGCUCCUGGAAUCGGAACUACACCAGGAGAAAGUCGGGAAACAAUUGGACCUGAAACUGGAACAACACCGGUAUUCGGUAAAAGAACUCCAAGAUCAGGAGAAAGAGUGCAUUUACACAAACACAAAAUAAGGAUCAGAAGACGUCAUCACAGACCAGGCGAACCAAGUUACGUGUAUUCUUAUUAUUACACGACUUCAGGUGAGGAAACAACGACGACACCAAGUGAAAUAAUAACUACUCCAGGUAGUACUGGUUACUACGGCCCGACACCAAAAACGACAGUUCCAGGAACUGGUACUACACCAGGAGUUAAUCAAGAAAGAACUGUACCUGGAACUAGCACAACACCAGCAUUUAGCAGCCCGGGUUACGAGAAGUACACUUAUUUUACAACAUCAAAUGAAGAAACAGCAACCACUUUAAUGAACAAAGAGAAAACAACUACAAAUAGAGAAACAGAAAUGACAUUCACACCUAGACUUGGAAAAACCGAUAAAAUUACCAGCACAACACCAAAUAUGGAGCAACAAAAGACAAAACCACCGAAAGCACAAGGAAUAAAUACCCCAGGAACCGGAGCUGACAUUACAAUCACACCUAGAAAUAAAGCGACCAGUACAACGCCGUCAUUCAGUGUGGGAACACCAGUAGGAGGAACGACACCGAAAGGAGGAGUUGGACAGACUACGCCAGGCACAGGAACUCAAUUCACUUUGACACCAGGAACCGGAGCAACAGGUUCAACGCCGUCAUUCAGUGUGGGAACACCAGUAGGAGGAACGACACCGAAAGGAGGAGUUGGACAGACUACGCCAGGCACAGGAACUCAAUUCACUUUGACACCAGGAACCGGAGCAACCAGUUCAACGCCGUCAUUCAGUGUGGGAACACCAGUAGGAGGAACGACACCGAAAGGAGGAGUUGGACAGACUACGCCAGGCACAGGAACUCAAUUCACUUUGACACCAGGAACCGGAGCAACAGGUUCAACGCCGUCAUUCAGUGUGGGAACACCAGUAGGAGGAACGACACCGAAAGGAGGAGUUGGACAGACUACGCCAGGCACAGGAACUCAAUUCACUUUGACACCAGGAACCGGAGCAACAGGUUCAACGCCGUCAUUCAGUGUGGGAACACCAGUAGGAGGAACGACACCGAAAGGAGGAGUUGGACAGACUACGCCAGGCACAGGAACUCAAUUCACUUUGACACCAGGAACCGGAGCAACAGGUUCAACGCCGUCAUUCAGUGUGGGAACACCAGUAGGAGGAACGACACCGAAAGGAGGAGUUGGACAGACUACGCCAGGCACAGGAACUCAAUUCACUUUGACACCAGGAACCGGAGCAACAGGUUCAACGCCGUCAUUCAGUGUGGGAACACCAGUAGGAGGAACGACACCGAAAGGAGGAGUUGGACAGACUACGCCAGGCACAGGAACUCAAUUCACUUUGACACCAGGAACCGGAGCAACAGGUUCAACGCCGUCAUUCAGUGUGGGAACACCAGUAGGAGGAACGACACCGAAAGGAGGAGUUGGACAGACUACGCCAGGCACAGGAACUCAAUUCACUUUGACACCAGGAACCGGAGCAACAGGUUCAACGCCGUCAUUCAGUGUGGGAACACCAGUAGGAGGAACGACACCGAAAGGAGGAGUUGGACAGACUACGCCAGGCACAGGAACUCAAUUCACUUUGACACCAGGAACCGGAGCAACAGGUUCAACGCCGUCAUUCAGUGUGGGAACACCAGUAGGAGGAACGACACCGAAAGGAGGAGUUGGACAGACUACGCCAGGCACAGGAACUCAAUUCACUUUGACACCAGGAACCGGAGCAACAGGUUCAACGCCGUCAUUCAGUGUGGGAACACCAGUAGGAGGAACGACACCGAAAGGAGGAGUUGGACAGACUACGCCAGGCACAGGAACUCAAUUCACUUUGACACCAGGAACCGGAGCAACAGGUUCAACGCCGUCAUUCAGUGUGGGAACACCAGUAGGAGGAACGACACCGAAAGGAGGAGUUGGACAGACUACGCCAGGCACAGGAACUCAAUUCACUUUGACACCAGGAACCGGAGCAACAGGUUCAACGCCGUCAUUCAGUGUGGGAACACCAGUAGGAGGAACGACACCGAAAGGAGGAGUUGGACAGACUACGCCAGGCACAGGAACUCAAUUCACUUUGACACCAGGAACCGGAGCAACAGGUUCAACGCCGUCAUUCAGUGUGGGAACACCAGUAGGAGGAACGACACCGAAAGGAGGAGUUGGACAGACUACGCCAGGCACAGGAACUCAAUUCACUUUGACACCAGGAACCGGAGCAACAGGUUCAACGCCGUCAUUCAGUGUGGGAACACCAGUAGGAGGAACGACACCGAAAGGAGGAGUUGGACAGACUACGCCAGGCACAGGAACUCAAUUCACUUUGACACCAGGAACCGGAGCAACAGGUUCAACGCCGUCAUUCAGUGUGGGAACACCAGUAGGAGGAACGACACCGAAAGGAGGAGUUGGACAGACUACGCCAGGCACAGGAACUCAAUUCACUUUGACACCAGGAACCGGAGCAACAGGUUCAACGCCGUCAUUCAGUGUGGGAACACCAGUAGGAGGAACGACACCGAAAGGAGGAGUUGGACAGACUACGCCAGGCACAGGAACUCAAUUCACUUUGACACCAGGAACCGGAGCAACAGGUUCAACGCCGUCAUUCAGUGUGGGAACACCAGUAGGAGGAACGACACCGAAAGGAGGAGUUGGACAGACUACGCCAGGCACAGGAACUCAAUUCACUUUGACACCAGGAACCGGAGCAACAGGUUCAACGCCGUCAUUCAGUGUGGGAACACCAGUAGGAGGAACGACACCGAAAGGAGGAGUUGGACAGACUACGCCAGGCACAGGAACUCAAUUCACUUUGACACCAGGAACCGGAGCAACAGGUUCAACGCCGUCAUUCAGUGUGGGAACACCAGUAGGAGGAACGACACCGAAAGGAGGAGUUGGACAGACUACGCCAGGCACAGGAACUCAAUUCACUUUGACACCAGGAACCGGAGCAACAGGUUCAACGCCGUCAUUCAGUGUGGGAACACCAGUAGGAGGAACGACACCGAAAGGAGGAGUUGGACAGACUACGCCAGGCACAGGAACUCAAUUCACUUUGACACCAGGAACCGGAGCAACAGGUUCAACGCCGUCAUUCAGUGUGGGAACACCAGUAGGAGGAACGACACCGAAAGGAGGAGUUGGACAGACUACGCCAGGCACAGGAACUCAAUUCACUUUGACACCAGGAACCGGAGCAACAGGUUCAACGCCGUCAUUCAGUGUGGGAACACCAGUAGGAGGAACGACACCGAAAGGAGGAGUUGGACAGACUACGCCAGGCACAGGAACUCAAUUCACUUUGACACCAGGAACCGGAGCAACAGGUUCAACGCCGUCAUUCAGUGUGGGAACACCAGUAGGAGGAACGACACCGAAAGGAGGAGUUGGACAGACUACGCCAGGCACAGGAACUCAAUUCACUUUGACACCAGGAACCGGAGCAACAGGUUCAACGCCGUCAUUCAGUGUGGGAACACCAGUAGGAGGAACGACACCGAAAGGAGGAGUUGGACAGACUACGCCAGGCACAGGAACUCAAUUCACUUUGACACCAGGAACCGGAGCAACAGGUUCAACGCCGUCAUUCAGUGUGGGAACCCCAGUAGGAGGAACGACACCGAAAGGAGGAGUUGGACAGACUACGCCAGGCACAGGAACUCAAUUCACUUUGACACCAGGAACCGGAGCAACAGGUUCAACGCCGUCAUUCAGUGUGGGAACCCCAGUAGGAGGAACGACACCGAAAGGAGGAGUUGGACAGACUACGCCAGGCACAGGAACUCAAUUCACUUUGACACCAGGAACCGGAGCAACAGGUUCAACGCCGUCAUUCAGUGUGGGAACACCAGUAGGAGGAACGACACCGAAAGGAGGAGUUGGACAGACUACGCCAGGCACAGGAACUCAAUUCACUUUGACACCAGGAACCGGAGCAACAGGUUCAACGCCGUCAUUCAGUGUGGGAACCCCAGUAGGAGGAACGACACCGAAAGGAGGAGUUGGACAGACUACGCCAGGCACAGGAACUCAAUUCACUUUGACACCAGGAACCGGAGCAACAGGUUCAACGCCGUCAUUCAGUGUGGGAACACCAGUAGGAGGAACGACACCGAAAGGAGGAGUUGGACAGACUACGCCAGGCACAGGAACUCAAUUCACUUUGACACCAGGAACCGGAGCAACAGGUUCAACGCCGUCAUUCAGUGUGGGAACCCCAGUAGGAGGAACGACACCGAAAGGAGGAGUUGGACAGACUACGCCAGGCACAGGAACUCAAUUCACUUUGACACCAGGAACCGGAGCAACAGGUUCAACGCCGUCAUUCAGUGUGGGAACACCAGUAGGAGGAACGACACCGAAAGGAGGAGUUGGACAGACUACGCCAGGCACAGGAACUCAAUUCACUUUGACACCAGGAACCGGAGCAACAGGUUCAACGCCGUCAUUCAGUGUGGGAACACCAGUAGGAGGAACGACACCGAAAGGAGGAGUUGGACAGACUACGCCAGGCACAGGAACUCAAUUCACUUUGACACCAGGAACCGGAGCAACAGGUUCAACGCCGUCAUUCAGUGUGGGAACACCAGUAGGAGGAACGACACCGAAAGGAGGAGUUGGACAGACUACGCCAGGCACAGGAACUCAAUUCACUUUGACACCAGGAACCGGAGCAACAGGUUCAACGCCGUCAUUCAGUGUGGGAACACCAGUAGGAGGAACGACACCGAAAGGAGGAGUUGGACAGACUACGCCAGGCACAGGAACUGAAUUCACUUUGACACCAGGAACCGGAGCAACAGGUUCAACGCCGUCAUUCAGUGUGGGAACACCAGUAGGAGGAACGACACCGAAAGGAGGAGUUGGACAGACUACGCCAGGCACAGGAACUCAAUUCACUUUGACACCAGGAACCGGAGCAACAGGUUCAACGCCGUCAUUCAGUGUGGGAACACCAGUAGGAGGAACGACACCGAAAGGAGGAGUUGGACAGACUACGCCAGGCACAGGAACUCAAUUCACUUUGACACCAGGAACCGGAGCAACAGGUUCAACGCCGUCAUUCAGUGUGGGAACACCAGUAGGAGGAACGACACCGAAAGGAGGAGUUGGACAGACUACGCCAGGCACAGGAACUCAAUUCACUUUGACACCAGGAACCGGAGCAACAGGUUCAACGCCGUCAUUCAGUGUGGGAACCCCAGUAGGAGGAACGACACCGAAAGGAGGAGUUGGACAGACUACGCUAGGCACAGGAACUCAAUUCACUUUGACACCAGGAACCGGAGCAACAGGUUCAACGCCGUCAUUCAGUGUGGGAACCCCAGUAGGAGGAACGACACCGAAAGGAGGAGUUGGACAGACUACGCCAGGCACAGGAACUCAAUUCACUUUGACACCAGGAACCGGAGCAACAGGUUCAACGCCGUCAUUCAGUGUGGGAACACCAGUAGGAGGAACGACACCGAAAGGAGGAGUUGGACAGACUACGCCAGGCACAGGAACUCAAUUCACUUUGACACCAGGAACCGGAGCAACAGGUUCAACGCCGUCAUUCAGUGUGGGAACCCCAGUAGGAGGAACGACACCGAAAGGAGGAGUUGGACAGACUACGCCAGGCACAGGAACUCAAUUCACUUUGACACCAGGAACCGGAGCAACAGGUUCAACGCCGUCAUUCAGUGUGGGAACACCAGUAGGAGGAACGACACCGAAAGGAGGAGUUGGACAGACUACGCCAGGCACAGGAACUCAAUUCACUUUGACACCAGGAACCGGAGCAACAGGUUCAACGCCGUCAUUCAGUGUGGGAACACCAGUAGGAGGAACGACACCGAAAGGAGGAGUUGGACAGACUACGCCAGGCACAGGAACUCAAUUCACUUUGACACCAGGAACCGGAGCAACAGGUUCAACGCCGUCAUUCAGUGUGGGAACACCAGUAGGAGGAACGACACCGAAAGGAGGAGUUGGACAGACUACGCCAGGCACAGGAACUCAAUUCACUUUGACACCAGGAACCGGAGCAACAGGUUCAACGCCGUCAUUCAGUGUGGGAACACCAGUAGGAGGAACGACACCGAAAGGAGGAGUUGGACAGACUACGCCAGGCACAGGAACUCAAUUCACUUUGACACCAGGAACCGGAGCAACAGGUUCAACGCCGUCAUUCAGUGUGGGAACACCAGUAGGAGGAACGACACCGAAAGGAGGAGUUGGACAGACUACGCCAGGCACAGGAACUCAAUUUACUUUGACACCAGGAACCGGAAAAACCACUCGAGGAACUGGUAUUCAGUUUGCUGUUACCCCUGGAACCGGCUCAACGCCAUCAUUCGUGUUCGGAACACCAGCAGAAGGUUAUUAUCCGAAAAUAACACGGUUACCCAAUGGUGAAAUAAAUCUUACAGUUUACACUCCUAAAGGUUUUGAAUUAAACUUAAUUCCAGGAACCGGAGAAUCUAAAUCUACACCAUCUAUUAGCACUGUAAGGCCAUUAAAAGAUUGCUCCAUUCAUUCAAAAUCAUACGGAUAUCAUGUGAAGAGAGAGCAUACCUCUGAUAGUAAAGAGUACUUGAUUUUUCAUAUUCCUGGUUCUAACUUUUACAGACAGAUUGAUAUGUCAUUUAAUGAAAUGAAAUAUUACUUAACAAAAAUUACCGGUUGUGAACCAAAAAUAACUAGAUUACCGAAUGGUGAAUUCAAUCUUAUUAUUUACACUCCGAAAGGAUUUAAAUUUACCUUACCACCAGGAACGAAAGAAACUUUCCCACCAGGAACCAGUACACCACUAACAUUGAAUGUUGGUACUUCGAAGGAAGGAUUAUCUACUCCGUCUAAUGCCUUUGAAUUCCGCGUGAAAACUGGACAUUAUUCAAAUGGUAAAGAAUAUAUUAUUAUUUACAUCCCUGGAACGAAUAUUCAUAAACAAUUUAGCAUUUCUUUUGAUGAUUUAAUACGAUUUUUAAUAGAAUUCACCGGUCAGCAGCCUGAAUUGAUUAGAUUACCUAAUGGUGAUAUAAGAAUUGUUAUUGAACGAAGGCGAAUUCCUUUAUAUAUACGAGGACCAAAUGGGGAAUUAAUACGAAUCAUUGAAGAAAUGCCUGGAUUUACCCCUGGUUACAUUACUGGUCCUAAUAAGGAUAUUAUUCAGUUCCUUGUACCUAUUAGUAACCAAACACAGACAGUUAAAGGACCACAUGGACAAAAUAUAGAACUCGUAACAGCAAAUUCACAAAAUACACCAGGUGUAGUUACUAAUUCCGAAGGCCAUAUAAUUAGAGUAAUUUUGCCUUAUUUCUUUACGAAAAGCAAUAUGACAAAACCCCCUAUGCCAGUUACUGUUGAAGGCCCUCAUGGAGAACAAAUUUUAAUUAUUCGAGAGCAUCCAGGUGUUACUCCAGGCGUGGUCACACAUAACGGUAGAAUUCUUCGUAUUAUUAUACCUAAAUUCUCAGGCGAGGCACCGACGUAUGUAACAGGACCACAUGGAGAAAUAAUUUAUAUUAUACCAGGUCAGAAUGAUACAACUCCUGGUGCAGUCACUCGCACUGAUGGUCAACUUCUAUAUAUCAUUUUGCCACAAGGAUUUUCAUAUCCUUCUUCAACUCCAGGAUUAGUAGGACCUAAUAUAGGCUUAGUCAACCCAGGUACAACAAAUCCGCCGUCUGCUCAAAUCGGAAAUCCAACUAUAGAUAUCGAUACUGAAUUUCCCGACUUCAAUGGAACAGAAACAAAUGGUACUAAAGGAACAGGAAUAGAAUUCAUAGGGGGUUAUAAUCAAUAUGGACCGAUACCACAAAAUUACUCAACACCUCAUCCAACGUUUUUAUUUAAUACUGACUUCCAGCCGCAAAUGCAAUUACCCCAAAAUUACACUUUACCGCCACAAUUCCAAAAUAUCGCAUUUGAAAUAUUUGGUAAUCCAGAGUAUAAUAACAGUAGUCCCUUGCUGACGCUAAAACAAUUUGAUAAUAUAUUUGCAGUAUUGUUGAAAAAUGGUAGUCCUAGAGUGAAACAGCUUAUAAAGGUAAUACUGAAAGCAAGAGUUAUCGGAGUCUCUGCUGAUGAUCCCAGAUUCUUAGCAAAAUGUACCAGGACUGGUGCUGCUUUCUAUCAUUCUAGAUACCAAGAUGCUAUCCCGAAUCCAGUAGGCCCAGCUCUCCAUGCUCACAAAGAUCCCAAAAAAAGUCCUGAUAGUUAUCAAACUCUAGAUAACAAUUAG